AUGGGUGCUGAGAAGGAACGCAGGCCGAGGGUCUUACGGGUGGCACAGGCUGCCCAGGGACGUGGUGGGGUCAGUGUCCAUGGAGGUGUUCCAGAUCCACAUGGAUGUGACACUGAGGUGUCUGCUUGCAUUCCGAUACUCAGGCUGGCCAGAACACGGAAGAAGGUUUUGUUUUACUGUCACUUUCCUGAUCAGCUCCUGACCAAGAGAGAAUCUUUCCUAAAGCGCCUCUACAGACUGCCACUGGACUGGCUGGAAGAGUACACCACUGGCAUGGCAGACUGCAUCGUUGUGAACAGCAAAUUCACUGCCAAUGUGUUCAAGGAGACGUUUAAAUCCUUGUCUCACAUAAAUCCAGAUGUCCUUUAUCCAUCACUCAACACCAGUAGCUUUGAGACAGUGGUUCCUGUGGACAUAAUUGACUUGAUUCCCAAAAAGACCAAGUUCUUGUUUCUGUCUAUUAAUAGGUAUGAAAGAAAAAAGAACCUCGCAUUAGCUCUUGAAGCUUUGCAUGAGCUUCGAGGGAGACUCGAUUCUCACCAGUGGAGUGAAGUUCACUUGGUUAUGGCAGGUGGCUAUGAUAAACGAGUUCUGGAAAAUGUGGAGCAUUAUGAAGAACUAAGGAAAAUUGCAACUAAGCUUAACAUUAGUGACCAUGUCACUUUUUUGAGAUCGUUCACAGAUGAACAGAAAAUCUCUCUUCUUAGUAACUGUGUGUGUGUGCUGUACACACCAAGUAACGAACACUUUGGCAUUGUUCCUCUGGAAGCAAUGUAUAUGAGAUGUCCAGUUAUAGCAGUUAAUUCGGGUGGUCCUUUAGAAUCAAUUUUGAAUAAUGUUACAGGAUUUUUGUGUGAUCCUCUGCCAACAAAAUUCUCCGAGGCCAUGGAAAAAAUUGUGAGAGAUCCUCUCUUGAAGGACUCAAUGGGAGCAGCUGGGAGAGUCAGAUUUAUGGAAAAAUUUUCCUCAGAAGCAUUCUCAGAACAACUGUAUCAAUACAUAUGCAGAUUAACACAAUAAAAUCGAUUUUUUUUUAAUUACAUUUUAUA